AUGCACGAUCCGGGCGAUGCCCACCCGCCGUCCAAGCCCGUAGUGACCGCCAUCACCAAGGACGACUCCACCGGGCUCUACACCAUCCCCGUCAAGAACGGCGCGCCGCUCGUCCUCGACCUCGCCGGCCCGCUGGUCUGGUCCCCGUGCCAGUCCCCGCACCGCACGGUCCCGUGCAAGUCCAGCGUCUGCACCGUCGCCAACAGGAACCGCCCGGCUAGCUGCGCGUCGUCCGCCAACGGCGGCCAGCCGGGCUCCGCCGACCCCAACUGCGCCUGCACCGCGUACGCGUACAACCCGGCGAGCGGCCAGUGCGCCGGCGGCGACCUCUUCUCCGUGCCGCUCUCCGCCAACGCCACGGACGGCAACAACCCGCUGUUCCCCGUGACCUUCUCCGCCUACUCGGCCUGCGCGCCCGACGGGCUCCUCGAGUCGCUCCCCUCGGGCGCCGCCGGCGUCGCGGGCCUGUCGAGGCAGCCGCUGUCGCUGCCGUCCCAGGUCGCGUCCAGGCUGAAGGUGGCCAAGGAGUUCGCGCUGUGCCUCCCCGGCAGCGGCCAGACCGGUGCUGCCAUCUUCGGCGGCGGCGCGUUCGUGAUCCAGGCGGCUCCACAACCCAUUGAUUUCGCCGGAGAGAUCCGCCAGAACCCCCUCCCCAUCCUCAAGAACCCCAAGAACGGCGCUUACUACUUCGGCGUCCGCGGCAUCGCCGUCAACCAGGAGCACCUGAACCUGCCGGCCGGCGCCUUCGACCUCGACCGCCGCCAGGGCACGGGCGGCGUCGUGUUCAGCACCGCGACGCGGUUCACCACGCUGCGCUCCGACAUCUACAGCGCGGUGAUGAACGCGUUCGACGCGGUCACGCGCGGCAUCCCGCGCCGGAAGCCCUUCCCGCCCUUCCAGCUGUGCUACGACGUGUCCGGGGUCCCCACGACCCGGGUCGGCCCCGCCGUGCCGAACAUCGACCUGAUGCUCGACGGCGGCCGGAACUGGACGCUUCCCGGCGACAGCUUGCUGGUGCAGUUCGGCGGCGGGACAGCGUGCUUCGCGUUCGAUAGCAUGGGGAACGAGCAGUCGGCGGCGUUUUACUCGCCGGCGGUCAUCUUCGGGGCCCACCAGAUGGAGAACAACCUGCUGCUGUUCGACCUGGAGAAGGGCACGUUCGGCUCCAGUGGGCUGCUCUUGGGAAGGAGCACCACCUGCGGCAACUUCAACUUCGCCAUGGGGAGCUCGUAG